AUGAAGUUGAAUGCAUUAUAGAUAAACGAUUUGAUGAACAAAGUAAAUCCAAUUAGGUUAAAUUAAAUAAUAAGGUUAUUCACACUCUUAAAGAAAAUGGUAACUUUUUUGAGAAUCUAAAAAACGACAUAUGAAAAUAAUGGUUAUAGAAUUCUAUUAAAUAAAAGGAAUAAUUUCUUCUAAAAAUAAAUUACAAUUUUGAUUAAUGAAACUCAAAGAGUUUUUAAUAAAAAAUAUCACUUAAGAAAAUGA